UUGAUCUGAGUGACACAGCCCUGCGGGAGCCACCAGCGAUGACACGCUUCUUCAUCUUCGUCUGCCUGCUGGUUGUCUUCCCAGUGGUCUCCAUGAAGAGUCCCAUAUUCGGCCCCCAGGAGGUGAGCAGGGUGGAAGGCGACUCGGUGUCCAUCAGGUGCUUCUACCCAUCCACCUCCGUCAACCGGCAUUCUCGAAAAUACUGGUGCCGGCAGGAGGCCAAGGGCCGCUGCACAACCCUCAUCUCCUCGGGGGGGUAUGUCUCCGACGACUACAAGGGCAGAGCCAACCUCACCAACUUUCCGGAGAAUGGCACGUUCGUGAUAGAUGUCGUCCAGCUCACCCAGAAUGACUCCGGGCGCUACAAGUGUGGUCUGGGCAUUAGCAGCCGAGGCCUGUCCUUCGAUGUGAGCCUGGAGGUCAGCCGAGGUCCUGGGCAGAUAAAUGAUGUCCAAGUCUACACAGCAGAUCUGGGCAGAACAGUGACCAUCAGCUGCCCUUUCAAGGCUGCAAAUUUGCAGAAGAAGAAAUCGGUGUGCAAGAUGAUGAGCCAGAGCUGUGUCCUCAUCGCCGACACCAACAACUAUAUGAACCCCAGCUAUGAGGGCAGAGCACAUAUUAGUAUUCAGGGUACCAGCCAAUUAGUGUUCAGCUUUGUCAUCAACCAAAUCCAGCUCAGCGAUGCUGGGAUGUACGUCUGCCAGGCGGGGGAGGAUUCCAGCGCCGAUAAGAGCAAUGCUGACCUCCAAGUGCUGAAGCCCGAUCCUGAGCUGAUUUAUGGAGACCUAAGGGGCUCAGUGACCAUUGACUGUGACCUGGGCCCCGAGGUGAAGAGUGUGCCCAAAUUUCUGUGCCGGCUGAAAAAUGAGGAAGCCUGUGAUGUGGUCAUCAACACACUGAAGACGAAGUCUCCUGACUUUGAGGGCAGGAUUCUGCUCACUACCGGCAACAAUGGCCGCUUUACUGUGCACAUCACCGGCCUGAAGAAAGAGGAUGCAGGGCUCUACCUGUGCGGAGCUGACUCUGACGGCGUGCCCCAGAAAGGCUCGUCUACCCAGGCUUGGCAACUCUUCGUCAACGAAGAGACCCAGAUUCCCCAAAGCCGCUCGGUGGUGAAGGGUGUGGUGGGAUCCUCCGUGGUCGUGUCCUGCCCCUACAACCCUAAGGAGAAAGAUAGCCUGAAGUACUGGUGUCGCUGGGAAGAGACUCAGAACGGCCGCUGCCGGCAGCUGGUGGAGAGCAACGGGCUGGUUGAUGAGCAGUACGAGGGCAGGCUCAUGCUGUAUGAGGAGCCGGGCAACGGCGUCUACACUGUCAUACUCAACCAGCUCACCACCCAGGACGCCGGCUUCUACUGGUGUUUGACCAACGGCGAUAUUAGCUGGAGGUCCGUGGUGGAGCUCAAGAUUGUUGAAGGAGAACCAAGCCUCAAGGUAUCCAAGAAUGUCACUGCCUGGCUGGGAGAGCCUUUCAAGCUGCCCUGCCACUUCCCAUGCAAAUUCUACUCCUCCGAGAAGUACUGGUGCAAAUGGAGCAACACCGGGUGCAGGACACUGCCCAGCCAGGACCAGGGCGCCAGCCAAGCCUUCGUGAACUGCAGCCAGCAGAGCCAGAUCACCUCCCUGAACCUGAACCCCGUCACCAAGGAGGACGAAGGCUGGUACUGGUGCGGGGUGAAGGACGGCCUCCAGUACGGAGAGACCGCGGCUGUCUACGUGGCGGUGGAGACGAGGGUAAAGGGGACCCAGGAUGCCCGCCAAGCGAGUGCUGCUGGUGAGGAGGUUGCCAUAGAGCCACGGGCCAGGGACGUUGAGAACAAAGUUCUUCUGGGUCCCAGCCUUUCUGCGGAGGAAAGGGCAGUGAAGAAAGUUGGAGACCCAGCUGGUGGGAGAGGAGUACUUGCAGACUCCAGCAGCUCUGCAGCACAAGGCGGGAGCUCCAAAGUGCUGGUCUCCGUCCUGGUGCCCGUGGCCCUGGUGCUGGCGCUGGGAGUUGUGGUGAUUGGGGUGCUCAGGGCGCGGCACAGGAAGAACGUCGACCGGAUUUCAAUCAGAAGUUACAGGACGGACAUCAGCAUGUCGGACUUUGAGAACUCCAGGGACUUUGGAGCCCACGAUAACACGGCAGCCUCUCCAGACACUCAGGAGACGAGUCUUGGAGGAAAAGAUGAGUCGGCCCCCACUAUUGAGGACACCACGGAGACCAAAGAACCCAAGAAGGCAAAAAGGUCAUCCAAGGAGGAAGCCGACGCGGCCUUCACCGCCUUCCUGCUCCAGGCCAACAACAUGGCCGCCGGCGCCCAGGACGGCCCCAGAGAAGCCUAGGCAGCGCCCGGGCUGCCCCUCCCUCCGCACACGACAAUCACCUUCAGAAUCACGUUGAUUCUCAGGGCCCUCAGCUCCGGGGGCUCCACUGCCUGCACUCACCCCCACCUAGGCUUUUCCUCCCUGUCCUCAGAGGGUGUGUCGGUCCCUUCUCGGUGGUCCAAGCCUGGCUUACUUGUUCCUGUUGGGGGUGAGGUGACGUGAGGAGUUCCCACCGGCAGCUGAGUCCUAACAACAGAACUAAGGUGUGGAAGGAGAUUUAAGAUCCUGGAGGGGCCUCUCAGAAAGAAAAGAGACCAGAAGGGGUGGGGAGAUGACUUCAGAAAGGAGGACCGUUCGGGGCUUCUCUGCACCUUUAGUUUGGGAUGUCAGUGAUGGGCUCUCCCUUCUACCAUCCCUGUGUCUCUCCAUCCCACCUUUCCUUCCAUCUUCUCUUCUUCUUUCUUUCAUUAAAAAUACGUAUUUGGAUACUCACUAGAACCCAGGUGCUCUGCUAGACACUGCGCCACAAACCCAACCGGCAGCCUUUCUGUAAACAUCACUGAAUUCUUGGAAGCCACAGCAUCUCUGUGUACUCACCAUGGUCUGAAAUCCUCACCAGAUACACUCACUUCCGCCUGCAUUGGGAGGAGUCCUAAGGCCUUAGGGCUCAUGUAACACGCACAUACAUACAAGGAGCCGUAAACACACGUUCUUAGCAUUUAACAUUUGACGUGAGAAAAUUGAGAUCCUCAGAGGUGAAGUGGUUUGCUCAAGGGCAGCAUGUGAGACACACGAGUGUUGAAGCUAGAUUUAGCAUCUCCUAUCUCUCUACAAGAGCCUCUGCUCUCCUGGGGAAGACAGAAUUCUACAGUAAGGAGGAGGAAGAAGAGAAAAUGUACAUGGGGACUGGUCUUUCACAAGCCCCACCUCAGGGGAGACAGUCCUUCCCCUUUCUGUCACUCACAGAGACCUAAGAGGGUAUGAGGGUCGUCAGAUUCUCCCAGCCCCUCUAUCUGAAGAGUUCUGAGUGGAAGGGGAGGAAAGAGGCAGUUUGAUGGUGCCAGGGAGGGGCUGAUCUCCAGAGAGCUAAGGUUUUGUUUGUUUGUUUGUUUUUCCCUCUAAGCUCUGUACUUCAACUAGCACCUACAAGCUGGCACUUGCUAACAAAUCAAAAAUGUGAAUUAAUGAAUAAUUAAAGACUGUGAUUGCCACC